AAGUCUCUUCAUUCUAUACGAGGCGACAGUCUAUGUAUACGGUCAGUAGUAUCGCGGGUUUGGUACACAACUAUCACUGAACGAAGAACGAGAGAUAGCACGCGUGUAUUUUAUUACAAUUAAAAAUCGGCAAACUCUAGCAAACGCGAAUAAAAUCGCUUCACGAGAACGACCAGCGUUAUAUCGAGCAACCAUAGCCGCGAACCAUAACCACAUCCUUUGCUAUCUAGUAGUUUGAAUCAAGAAUCAGUGCGCGGGUCUAUCCCGCGUCGAAGUUCGUCUCUCGGAAGAUUAUUGCCUAAUUCGAGAAUAACAGAGGUUUCUAUAAAUUGAAAUUGGAAGGAAAAAGGAUCUAUCAACAGAGAAGAAAUUUGAUACCAUCUUCGUUCGUCUUCUCGAGCGAUAGCUUUCACGUGCUUCGUUUUUUGGAAAGAAGAAUUGAUUAUCUACACAACAGGAUGAAGCUAGUACUUUUAGUGACUUUGCUGGCGGUUCUAUACACCGUCCAAUAUUCCAAUAGUGCGGCAGUUAGAUCGGAGGAAUUUGCCGAACAAUUACGCAGGAUUGUUCACGAAAUGCAUCCCGAUAACCUGAGAACGCAAAGAGCAACCGAAAGCGGAAAUGACGAUCGUCCGAAACGGAAUUGUUAUGAUACACCCUGCGGAUGGAAUACGUACAAUCCUGUCACUCGGCGAAGCACGAUUUUCAUGCCGAAUACAUGCAAGUGUCCUGAUGAAACGUAUAAGUGUGUACGCACUGGAGAAAAUGUAUCUAUGAGUGCAUACGUAUAUCACUGCCGUCAAAAUACGACAGCGGAUGACAUCGAAGGCGAGACAGCCGAAGAUAUGGAUUAUCUUAGUUAAGAAACAUGAUAAACAAACAUACCUGAAUGACAAACAUCUUCUCAAACAACCGUGGUCAUGGUGGCAUCACCGUCCUUAUUGCUGUCUCAUGCAUGGCUCCAUUGAACGAAGUGAAUUUUCCGUUUUUCAAAAAACACUUUGACACUCUGUUUAAAUAUUAUGUCAACUAUUAUACUCGCGUAUAUAAAUCUAUAACAAAAAACAUGUCACAAUAUCACAAUUUAUAUAUAUUAAAUAAUUUUAUGCGGCCUGUCUAAGUGCUAUUAAUAUUUGAACGAACACUGCGGAAACGAAAUCAAAUAUCGGUUAGAUUUAAAAUCAAAUAUGGCCGCGAUAUAUUUCGAUAUAUUUCGAUAAUCGAAAUUAGAGACAAGA